AUGAUUUAUGAUUUAAUUAUUGUAGGUGCAGGUGUAUUUGGUUUGUCAACAGCUUAUCAUGCUUCACAACAUUCCUCCUUUUCUUCAAUAUUGGUAAUAGAUAAGUAUGAUAUUCCAUCACCAAUCUCAGCGGCCAAUGAUUUUAAUAAAAUUAUUCGAAUGGAAUAUACAGAUGAAACAUAUGUGGAUUUAAUUAUUGAAGCUAUUGAGGAGUAUUGGGAUAACCAAAAUCAACCGAUAUUCAACCAAUGCUAUAAUAAAUGCGGUAGAAUAACCGUUGUUCCACCGAUUGAUAAUCCUAGGUAUGGUUUUGAACUUGACUGUCUGAAAUUGUUACAAUCCAAGAAAUAUAAUAAACUACAUGGCGCAGAGAAGUUAUAUACUGAUAUUAGCAUUAAUGGGAAAUUCAGUAAUAUAUUUACGAUGGCUAAUAGCAAUAUUAAUGCAAGUGAAAAUAAUAAUAGGCCUAGCGACGCUAAGUUUAGGUUUAAUAGUGAUUGUGGGUUAGGUUAUGCUGCCAAAUCUUUAGAAAACGUGUAUAAUUAUCUGUUAAAACAUAAACAGGAUAAAGUUGCAUUUCAUCUGAACGAUGGAAUAGAUGAGGUUCAAUCAGUUGUCAAUAAUAAUGAGGCUUUUGUGGAAGUUCGCACUGAGAAGCAUGAAAAAUUUGUUGGGAAAAAAGUAGUCAUAUGUUGUGGUGCUAAUACAGGAAGUGUUAUACCUAAAAAAUACAUGGGAAAUGAAAUUAGAGCUACAGGGCUAUAUGUGGGCCACAUUAAAUUAACAGAUGAAGAAUUCCAAAAAUAUAGGAAAAUGCCAAUAGUUUUUGAUUCAACAUUAGGUUAUUUUUUCCCGCCUGAUUCAGAAACUAAAAUUUUAAAAAUAUGUGCAUGUGCUAGUUCGACCUUUGAUGAUAAAAGUGAAUGCUAUUUACCUAAAUAUGGUCAAAAUUACCAACACAAAUUGCCCUCAAGUAGCAUUAAAGAUAUCAAAACGAUAUUAUUGAAAUACUUGCCAGAUUUAGCGUACAAAAAAAUUAUUGACGGUAAGAUUUGUUGGAUUAGUGAUACUAGCGAUUCCGACUUUAUCAUUGACGAACUUUUAGAACAAGGUAUUUCAAAUUGUUUUGUAUGUUGUGGUGAUUCCGGCCAUGCUUACAAAUUUUUGCCGAAUAUUGGGAAGUAUGUUACACAAAGAAUUACAGGUGAAUUAAACGAAAUGUUAGUUAAAAAAUGGGGGUUCAAGAGUAGCAAUGUUUUAGGUGGAAAUCAAGAAACUAGUUUAUAUCAGACUAUUGAUGUUAAUUGGCCUAGUGUUUUGGAAUGGAGAGUUGAACAAAAUAACAUUGCUAUAGACAAUUUAGACUGGGUCAAUUUGUAA